CCUCGGGCCACUGCCCUCCUACAAGUACCCCGAAUCUCUCUCUAGUCACCUCACCACGCUCUCCUCUCUCUCUCCACCCUCCCUCCCCCAACACGGCACCGCCGUGAAGGCAAAGGGGCCGAUGGCCGCGAAGACGAAGGAAGCGAAGGUCCCGGAGCGGGAGUCGCCGCUGCUAACAAGGAAUUUGCUCCGGAUUGCUAUAUACAACAUCAGCUACAUCAGAGGCCUAUUCCCUGAGAAGUACUUCAAUGAUAAGUCUGUUCCGGCACUAGAUCAGGAUUGGUACCCAGUAUAUAUAUGUGACAUCUACAUUCUGCAUGGCAUUUAUUAGCUCAAAGUGUCAAACAACCUUAUAUUUGCUGCAGAGAUGAAGAUUAAGAAGCUGAUGCUCAGGGAUGCUGAAUCCAGGAGGAGCUCUGCUUGUAAGAUGAUCAGAACGCUGGUUUCACUUGUGAGGACUUUGGACCAAAUGCCAAAGGAGCGAACCAUUCUAAUGAAGCUUCUAUACUAUGAUGAUGCCACACCCGAGGAUUACGAGCCUCCCUUCUUUAAGGGUUGUGUUGAGAAUGAGGCCGUAAAUAUAUGGAACAAGAACCCCUUGAAGAUGGAAGUGGGGAAUGUCAAUAGCAAGCAUCUUGUGCUAGCUUUGAAGGUUAAGAGUGUCCUUGAUCCAUGUGAUGCUAACAGUGAUGAUGACAAGAUGAGCAUGGGUCAUGUGUCGGACCAAGAAGACUUUACGGACACCGAGACAACGAAUUUGCUCCGGAUUGCUAUAUACAACAUCAGCUACAUCAGAGGCCUAUUCCCUGAGAAGUACUUCAAUGAUAAGUCUGUUCCGGCACUAGAGAUGAAGAUUAAGAAGCUGAUGCCCAUGGAUGCUGAAUCCAGGAGGUUGAUUGAUUGGAUGGAGAAAGGUGUCUAUGAUGCCUUACAAAAGAAAUAUCUCAAUACCCUUCUCUUCUGUAUAUGUGAGAAGGAGGAAGGCCCAAUGAUUGAAGAGUAUGCCUUCUCAUUUAGCUACCCCAACACAAACGGGGAGGAAGUUGCAAUGAACAUGAGUCACACAGGGAGCAAAAAGAAUACUGCCACAUUCAAGUCAAAUGCAGCAGAAGUCACUCCUGAUCAGAUGAGGAGCUCUGCUUGUAAGAUGACCAGAACGCUGGCUUCAGUUAUGAGGGCCUUGGACCAAUUGCCCGAGGAGGCACUAUGCUUUAUUAAUGAAGUUGGCAUGGGGAAGCCAACCAAUGCACUCCCAGUGGAUAAUAGUGCCUGCAUUACAUUCUCCUUACCACUGAAACAAAAAGCAGGGGCAUCAGAUUCCGCGCCUUCUAAGCCACUAAGCGAAGCAAGAAAAGGGAAAGAAUCUUCUAACAUUGGCUCUGCAACAGAUGUUUCGCUAAGAAAGGCUGCUGCAAAUAGCUCCGCUGGAGAUGGAGAUGAUCCUAACAAAGGAAACACACCUGAUAUUUCCAAUAACGAUGCUGUUCCAUUCCGCACGCGGGUCAUUGUAAGGACCAUUGCUGACUUGGCCGGGUUAGAUCCUGCUCAAGUAAUACUUAUCCUAGCUGACGCCGGUUCAAUGGAAGAAAUGAUACAGUUAUCAACAGUGGCAAAUGAAAGAGGAUUUAUAUUUGAAAGAACAGAGUCCUUGCAGCAUGUGUCCUUGAGAGUAUCAAUGGAUAGGUAUGUACAGGCGCAAGCUGGUUUACAAGAUGCAGUUGAGAACUUGGAUCCAGAUCAUAACCAACUUGAUGAAGAGGAAGAACAAGAUGAUGAUGAAGAAGAAGCUGCUCCUGCUCAGCAAGUAAAUGAUGAUGAAGAAGCAGAUGAUGAUGAUGAUGAUGAUGAUGAUGAUGAUGAUGAUGAUGAUGAUGAAAUAAACUCCCAGGUUGCCGAUCCAGAUUACAUACCCGAAGAGUCACAGGGUGAAGAUGAUGAUGAUUGGUAUCUUGUGGAUCUUGAGGAAGAAGAAGCUGCUCCUGCUCAGCACGAAGAACAAACACAUGAAGCAGCAGCUCAUCAAGCAAAUGAAGAUGAAGCACAAGAUAAUGAAGAAGCAGAGGAAGAUGAUGAUGAUGAUGAUGAACCAGAUUCACAGCUUGCAGAUCCAGAUUAUAUGCCUGAAGAAGAAGAAGAAGAAGAAGAAGAACAAGAACAAGAUGAUGAUGAAGAAGAAGCUGCUCCUGCUCAGCAAGUAAAUGAAGAUGAAGUGCAAGAUGAUGAAGAAGCAGAGGAAGAUGAUGAUGAUGAUGAUGACGAAGAAGCUGCUCCUGCUCAGCAAGUAAAUGAAGAUGAAGUGCAAGAUGAUGAAGAAGCGCAGGAAGAUGAUGAUGAUGAUGAUGAAGAAGCUGCUCCUGCUCAGCAAGUAAAUGAAGAAGCUGCUCCUGCUCAGCAAGUAAAUGAAGAUGAAGUGCAAGAUGAUGAAGAAGCAGAUGAUGAUGAUGAUGAUGAUGAUGAUGAAAUAAACUCCCAGGUUGCCGAUCCAGAUUACAUACCCGAAGAGUCACAUGGUGAAGAUGAUGAUGAUUGGUAUCUUGUGGAUCUUGAGGAAGAAGAAGCUGCUCCUGCUCAGCACGGAGAACAAGCACAUGAGGCAGCAGCUCAUCAAGCAAAUGAAGAUGAAGCAUAAGAUAAUGAAGAAGCAGAGGAAGAUGAUGAUGAUGAUGAUGAACCGGAUUCACAGCUUGCAGAUCCGGAUUAUAUGCCUGAAGAAGAAGAAGAAGAAGAAGAAGAAGAAUACUUCCCUUCGUCCGAGUCCGACUGAACACUUUCAUGAUAUGUGAACACUUUCAUGAUAUGUACUAUUGUACUCGAUGCUGGCUGUAGCCCAGGCCUACAAGUGCAUUUCAUGAUACACAUACUAUCACGGAGCAGCCUGUGUAGUAUUUUCAAUGGCGUAGUGUCUUCUGUGUGCUUAAAUGUUGUCAUAUGAUCCUCUGGUACGCUUUGGGUGAUUGUUG